CGUCAUUGUUUUUUGUACCUUCGUUCGUCUUUAAGGGAAUUAGCGUGCCGGCAACAUUUACAUUUGCAUUCGGGAAGCAGUUACAUUGAGUUUUCUCGCAAAAAAGGAAUUCUAAGAAAAUUACUUCUUAUUUCUUAAAUCACAAACAUAACAAUAUUUCCAAGAUGUUCUGGGGUCUUAAUUUAAAACCUAAUCGCAAAUACUCACAAACAACAGAGAAAACCUUCCACAUUUCACAAGCUGCUUUGGAUUCCGAAUCUUCGCAGGGCGGCCCCACGCAAAUUUGGAUUAGCAGCGAAAACCAACGGUUUCUGAUAUGUACAUUGCGCAAAGAGGUUUGUGAGCAAGUUAUGCUUGACUUGAACUUCGCUGCUGGGAAUGAAAUCUGUUUCCAAAGUGUUGGAAGUGGCAAUGUUGCCUUGUCAGGCUAUGUCAUUGAAGAUGAUAUGGCUGAUGACGAUUUCAUGAAUGGUGAUGAAGAAGAGGAAGAAGAUGAGGAAGUCGAUUCCGAUGAGGAGCAAGAUUUGCGCGAAGCCUUGAAUGCCAAGAAGGCACAGAAAAACAAGAAAGCCGACAAAGGAAAGGCCAAAAAGGCAGUAGCAGCAGCUGAAGAGGAAGACGACGACGAUGAUGAGGAUGAUAGCGACUUCGAUGUUGAAAAUCCCGGUGAUGAUGAUGACGCCGAAGAUGAUGAUGAACAAGAUGAAGAUGACGAUGAUGAGGAGGAGGAUGAUGACGAUGAGGAAGAUGAAGAGGAUGACUCUGAUGAUGAAGAAGUCCAGCAACCAAAGGCCAAACAACCCAAGUUGGACAAGCCUGAGAAACAACAAAAUGGAGUUGCCAAACCGAAGGAACAGCCUCAAGCCGAGAAAAAGUCAAAGAAAGAAAAGAAGGAACAGAAAAAAGCAGCAGAACAACAACAGCAACAACAGAAUAAACAAGAUAAACAACAAAAGACAGGAGCCGAACGUUCUCUUACCGGCGGUGUUAAAGUUGUUGAUAUUCGUGUUGGCAAUGGACCCGAAGCCAAACCCGGUAAACGUGCCCAAGUCUAUUAUGAGGGUCGUUUAUUGUCGAACAACAAAGUUUUCGAUAGUUUGAAAACAGGCGCUGGAUUCAAAUUCGGCUUGGGCCGUGGCGAAGUUAUCAAGGGCUGGGAUGUCGGUGUCGCUGGUAUGAAAGUUGGUGGUAAACGUCGCAUUACUUGUCCUCCACACAUGGCCUAUGGAGCACGUGGUUCUCCUCCAACCAUCCCACCCAACAGCACGUUGGUGUUUGAGGUUGAGCUCAAAGGCGUUAAUUAAAUAUAUCUAAUGAAUAAGUAAUUCCACUCCAUUUUUACACAGAAGGAAAUCACAAGUUUAUCCAGUUUUUAGUUUAUCAUUUUAUGAUUUGUUUCCAGUACAGCUAAUACGCUAUAUUACAAUUAUAAAUAUUUUACGAUUUUUUGUAGAAAUCUUUUAAGUAGUAUAAAAGGAAAUAUUUUCCAUGCCUAUAGUUUCUCUGCAUUUUACUUUAGUAUCUUUUCACAUUUUUUUCUUCACAAACACAGCAAAAAGAAGUUAAGUUUUCCAAUACAACGCUUGUUAGAUCUACUUUCAUUUCCUACCAAAAUAAGUCUCUAAGAAUUUCUUGUUUUCGUUCUAACUAUUAAUGAGUUAUCAUAUCAACUCUCUUGUUUAUAUUACAAAUAAUUCUUAAAAUAAAACCUAAAUUGAAAUUGUA